CCGCUGACACUCUCGCAAUCAUGGGUGUCCCUUUCGAGGCUUUGCUGCCAUACGCAAUUAUGACCGGCUUCUUCGCAUUCAGUGCCGUGUCUGUUGGAAAGCUCAGGGAGAUGCAGAACGGAGGAAAGAGGGGCAGGCGAGGCAUUGAUGCUUGGGAUAGGGUGAUGAUGGAGCGUGACCGUCGUCUGACCGGAUUCAUGCGAGGACAGACCGACAAGGCCGAGGCACCGGCAGGCUUCGAGCUCAACAACCCAUGGAGGUGCGAGCAGCGAUUCAUCUAAGCAGUGCGCGAGACAAUCCAACGAAAGCCAAUGUUACAUAUCCAAAUCAAGCAAUGACAAUUCCUUUUGUAAAUACUAAGCUGUGUCCUACUUGAUUUCUGAUGGCAAGCCCUGGAUACCCAUCCUCUCAACCUCACUAAAAC